UCAGUAACUGCAGGAUUAUGACGCACAAACAGAUCGCAAAAUCACCAGAAUCUCACAUGAGAGCUCAAGACUCCACAGAGAUGGUGAACUCUCUGAUUGAGCCUCAAGAAAACACUCGCAGUUUCUCCCGCCGACUCUUCAGAGAAGAUCUGACAGACCUGACCAAGAGUUUACAGGAGCAGCUCGUGGAAAAGGAUCUUCACAUCGCCAGACUACAAGAUGCUCUGACCUCUGAAAGAGAAAAGUGUGCACGUCUGCAGUCUCGCUGUAACCAGCAGGGGGCGGAGCUGAAGCGCAAAGAGCAGCAAACCAACCGCAUGAAAGAGAAACUCCCGCAGCUCACCGACAGACAAAAACACCGCGGCGUCUCUAUAGAGAUUUUAAAUGUGUUGCCGAAGUGGACAGGACGAAGAGAGGCUGGAUACAAGACCGCAAAGGCUGAUGGAAGGAUAGAGGAGGCAUUGCGUCUGCUGUUGGACCGAAGAGAAGCUGAGCUCAGAGAGGCCAUGAAACUACGGCACGGUCUUACAACGCUACUGCACAUGCUCAGGAACAACAUGGCACAGGCAAUUCAAGACUCCAACAACACAGGCCUGGAGGAAACUGAAGAUGACAUGCUGGUCCAAUCAGAGCAGAGUCUUGGUGAUCAUGUGACAGGAGGUGUGGUCCAGGAGUGGAUGCAAGUUCAGAAAACACUGCGGGAGCUCAUGGCACAGAGUCCCUUUGCUCCAGAAACAGACCAGGAGAAGCUGCUGGUUCAUCUGGAGGAGGAGCUGGAGCAGAGCCGACAGCUCAUCCUAGCACAGCAGCAGUUACUACAGGAGAGUGUAAAUCCUCCUCUCCCGGCUGUGCUGAUGGACUGCUACUAUCUGGAGGAGUGGGAGCGGCUUCAGGACCACUGGGAGGAGCUUAAGAGGCAGAGGCGGAGCUUCCAGCGGGAGAGGCAGGCCUUCACUGAAGCUGCCAUCCGAUUGGGUCAUGAGAAAAAUGAGUUUGAGCAGCAGAAAGCCUCCCGCUUGAAGUAUGAUUUCCUCAAUUUCUCUCCAGUCAAGAAAAACACACCGUGGAACCGGAGAGAAAGCACAGCGCUCAGCGACCUACGUGCUGCAGCUCCAGAUCAGCUCUCCAUGUCUCCAUGUGUCACUCCAUCAUCUGAGGGGUCAGAGGUCAUGCCGGGGUCCUGUCAGAACCUGGUCAUGACCCCCAACACUCCUGAGCUGUACUCCGUGCUCAAACUGCCCUAUUAUAGGUCUCCGCAGAUGCUCGGGUCACCUGAGGAACGCCACACCUGGCCCUUUUAGCUUCACACAGAGCUGGAAAGACUUUUCUACAAGACACAUUUUGAAUUAAAGUUAUGCAUUGCUGUAUUGUGUUUGUA